ACGAAAGCGAGGCAGUCAUUGAGGUCGCCAUUUUGACUGGUAAAGGAUUCAUUGCAUAAAAAUAACAUUGGAACUUUGAGAGUGUUUCAUAGUCAAAAUGAGCUUCCUAUUUGGUGGUCGUUCCACGAAGACUUUCAAGCCAAAAAAGAAUAUACCAGAAGGGACACAUCAAUAUGAUUUAAUGAAGCAAGCGGCAGCAACUCUUGGAAGUGGAAAUUUACGGCUGGCCGUCAUGUUACCAGAAGGAGAGGAUCUGAACGAAUGGGUGGCUGUAAACACUGUGGAUUUCUUCAAUCAAAUCAACAUGUUAUACGGAACGAUAACGGAGUUCUGCACUGCUGAAUCUUGUGCUGUCAUGUCAGCUGGUCCAAAGUGAGUGUCCAACUUUGUUUAAAUCUAAGAAGAAUACAAAUAUAUUUUACAAACCUAAUUUGUUAUCAACCAAUACCAGGCAUCAUUCCUGUACAGUGAAACUUGUUUUAAGGUCGUUCCUCACAUUUGCAUUGCGCAUCCUUACUGUGCAUAAUUUAUGGCGUCAUUAGCGCGCGCUUGUGCACGCGCA